AUGGUAAGCAAGGAUGCCCCUGUGGGGCGGCUCCUUUCGCCUGCCGAGCUCCUGCCUUUGAACAAGCACUCGAAGCUCCUUGGCGUUGUCUGCCUCCCGUGCUCACGUGCCAUGAGGGGGCGAUCGGAGAGACUGCCCCGGCCCUCCCUCAGCCGGAGCCGGCUCUACUUCUUCAGAGAGUGCUGUCGGCGAACGGACAAGAAGGAAUGCACCAUAGACCAGGGGGAGAGUGCUGGCUUCUUAAGCAGGCAAGAAGACCUUCACUCUUCCUUGAGAGAAAUCCAGUUUUCAAAUGCUUCCAUAGGUGGCCUGCAUUUUGAUGAGAAUGGGGGGCUGCCAGGCCACUAUAAUAUUGACAAUUGGGUGAUGUUUCCCAAUGGCUCUCAUGCUAGAGUGAAAAUUGGGAGCAUAGAGAAAGAGGCAUCUACUGAUGUAAAGUUCACCAUUAACCAAGAAGCCAUUGUAUGGCCCACGUGGUUUAACAAGACGGUGCCUCGCUCCAGGUGUACUGAAAGCUGUCAUCCUGGAUACAAGAAGGUUGUUCUAGAAGGAAAGCCGGUUUGCUGCUUUGAUUGUGCUCCAUGUGCAGAAAUGACCAUCUCCACUCAGGAAGAUGCAGAUGACUGCAUGAAAUGUCCAGAUGAUCAGCAUCCAAACAUGGAGCAAGAUCAAUGUAUCCCCAAGUCUACCACCUUCCUGACUUAUGAAGAACAUUUGGGGAUCAUCUUAGUUUCCAUUUCCCUAUGCUUGUCUUUAACCACAGGUUUUCUGUUAGGAAUCUUCAUUAAAUUCCUAGAAACCCCCAUAGUCAAAGCCAACAACAGGGACCUCUCCUUCAUCCUCCUCAUCUCCCUAAUGCUUUCCUUUUGGUCCUCCUUCUUGUUCAUUGGCUGUCCUAGGAAAGCAACCUGCCUUCUCAGACAAACAGCCUUCAGCAUCAUCUUCUCAGUUGCCAUCUCUUCUGUGCUGGCAAAAACCAUCACUGUGGUGCUGGCCUUCCUGGCCACAAAGCCAGGGAACAGGGUGAGGAGAUGGCUAGGGAAGUGUCUGGCCAACUCCAUUGUCAUUUCUUGUUCCAGUGUCCAAGUUGUCAUCUGCACCAUCUGGCUGGGGAUCUCUCCCCCAUUCCCUGAAUCUGAUAUGCAUUCCCAGGCUAGAGAGAUCAUCCUGCAAUGCAACGAAGGGUCUGUGGCCAUGUUUUAUGUUGCCCUCGGCUACAUGGGCUUCCUGGCUGCCAUCUGCUUCACGGUGGCUUUCCUGGCCAGGAAGCUGCCUGGGGCCUUCAAUGAAGCCAAGCUGAUCACCUUCAGCAUGCUGGUCUUCUGCAGUGUUUGGGUGUCCUUUGUGCCCACCUACCUGAGCACGAAGGGGAAAUACAUGGUAGCCGUGCAGGUCUUCUCCAUCUUGGCCUCCAGUGCUGGCCUUCUGGGCUGCAUCUUCAUGCCCAAGUGCUACAUUAUUGUCCUCAGGCCUGAUCUGAAUGCAAAGGAGCACCUGACCACAAAAAUGAAAGAUGGCCUCUGA